GUUCGAGCAAUAAGCAUAAUGUCAACCUGAAUUAAAGAACUAAUGUAAAAUAUAAAUAAUCUGGGUAGGAACUAGAAUCUUGAGGCAUUCUUGUUUAGAUUAAUACCCCAUGAAUCAUUCAACUCGUUGAUGAGUGAGCAGGUAAUUACAUGUUUCACCAAUGAAUAACAAUAUGUUGACCCAGAAAACGCUUCGCUUAACAGUUUAUUUCCUAUUGAUUUUAUUCCAGCAGGUUACGAUCGAAUUGCGUGACUGGGGUUCCUGUAUAGCAACCGAAUCAAUUAAAAACUAUGACAAACAAAUGAUAUCCAGCAACCCGCAGCUCAAUUCCCGCCCGAGUAGUCAAACGUCCGGAACCAGCCCGGGAUUUCCAUGGGAUCCAGAUAUCUCCUGUACAUCCACCUACACUGCGAGAUCCACGGAGUCCGGUGACAGCAAGUUCCACCGCAGAAGGACCAAAUCAUUCAGUAUCGCAGCCCAGAAAGUAGCAGGCGCGUUCACGACUUGUUUCGUCCCCAAAAUUAGAACCGGCGAAGUGGCCGAUCGGGACAACCGAAUCGACGACUCCUUUAUUUCCACAUCUUCGAGUAGUUCGAAGAUAUCAAAACUGGGUAUCAGAGGCAUCAGCAGCAGCUAUAAUAUCAAGACGAGAGGUUCUAGCAGUUUAAUCGAAGAGCAAAAAGAGUUUACCACAAAGUUUUCCAUUGCAGAAAUAUACAAGGCUACUGAAAACUUCAAUCCUCGGAACCAAAUAGGGGAAGGGGGCUUCGGCACCAUCUACAAGGGGAAGCUUCAGGAUGGGUCUCUGAUUGCUGUAAAGCGUGCCGCAAAGAACAUGUAUGGCAAGCACCUAUCGACGGAAUUCAAGAGCGAAAUCGAAGCACUUUCGAAGGUGCAGCAUAUGAACCUGGUCAGGUUUCUGGGAUGGGUGGAGCACGAGGGCGAGCGCUUAAUCGUGGUCGAGUACGUCGGCAACGGAACUCUUCGAGAACACUUAGAUGGAACUCGCGGAAAUGGUUUAGAUCUUGGACAGAGGCUAAACAUAGCAAUUGAUGUGGCUCAUGCAAUCACCUACCUGCAUGGAUAUGCAGAUGAUCCGAUCAUUCACCGGGACGUGAAAGCGUCGAACGUGCUGCUGACGGAAGCGCUGCAGGGGAAAGUGGGGGACUUGGGGUUCGCACGGGUGGUGGGGGCGGGGGAGGCGGAGCGGACGCACGUGUCGACGCAGGUGAAGGGGACGGCGGGGUACGUGGACCCGGAGUACCUCCGCACGUACCAGCUCACCCCGAAGAGCGACGUGUACUCCUUCGGCGUCCUCCUCGUCGAGCUCGUCUCCGGGCGCCGCCCCAUCGAGCGCGGCCGCGGCGUCAAAGAGCGCGUCACCACCCGAUGGGCGAUACGCAAGUAUUUGGCGGGAGAUGUGGGGAUGACGAUGGAUCCGAGGCUGAAGCGCGGGCGCGCAGCCGUCGCAGCGGUGGAGAGCAUGAUGGGGCUGGCAGUGAAGUGCCUCGAAUCGUCCAGGGAAUCGCGCCCGUCGAUGAAGGAAUGCGCCGAGGUGCUCUGGACCAUCCGAAGGGAUUACGACCAGCACUCACAACAGCAACAGCAACAGCAACAGCAACAGCCACUGCUGACGCCAACCGCAGCUUCUUCCAACGACGCCGUGAGCUCUGUAAAAGAUGUUUCUUCGGAAAAGAGGGAGGAGAACACAGUGAAGAGUCCCAAGCAAAAAUGGUGAAAGUUACACUACUACACUUAUGUAGUUGCAUGGUUGGUUAGAAUUAGAAAUGAUAGUAUUUGUAAGUACAACAGAAGGGUGUGAAUAAUUAGAAUGGCAUAUAGCUCGUUGAUGUUUGUGUCUAUUUUUACGAAGAUGUCAGAGUUGUCGAAUCAAAUUUGUAGAUCUUGUUGAUGUUUGUGUGUCUAUUUUUACAAUGAUGUCAGAGUUGUUGAAUCAAAUUUGUAGAUCAAUUUUCGUUGAAGUGUGGAUGAUUUAUAGCUUGCUGAUGUUUGUGUUUA